GUAAACAGCACAGUGCAGAUAAUGAGCAGCAGUUGACCAUGGUUGCCCGCACUGUCCAAUAAAAUGUCCGAAACAACCACCACGGAGUUCUGUACAAUCCAGAGCACCGACGGAGUCAUGCUCGAUGCCCGGAUUUUCCGACCAGCCGCCGCCGGGAACGACCAAAAGAGCGUCGGUAAUGCGGCGGAGACAGUGGCGGUGAUGGUGCAUCCUUACUCAGUGCUAGGCGGUUGCCAGGGACUGAUGAAGGGGAUGGCGCGCGGCCUGGCGAGCCGAGGACUGACAGCCGUGACCUUCGACACGCGCGGAGCCGGCAGAUCCACCGGCCGCGCCUCCCUCACCGGAUCCGCGGAGGUCAACGACGUCGUCUCCGUCUGCAACUGGGCGGCGAAGAACCUCUCCGCGAGGCGCGUCGUGCUCGUAGGGUCCUCCGCGGGGGCCGCGAUCGCCGGAUCUGCGAUCGACGCGGCGGAGGAGGUGGCGGGAUACGUCAGCAUAGGGUACCCCUUCGGAUUCACGGCGUCGAUUCUGUUGGGAGGGCACCAGAAGGCGAUCGCGAAAUCGCUAAAGCCGAAGCUGUUCGUGAUGGGGACCAGAGACGGGUUCACCAGCGUGGGGCAGUUGGAGAAGAAGGUGAAGAAAAUGGGGGGCGAAAAGAACGAAACGCAUCUAAUCGAAGGGGUCAGCCAUUUCCAGAUGGAAGGUCCCGGGUUUGAUGCUCAAAUGGUGAACUUGAUUCUUCACUUCAUCACCUCACUGUAAUAAAUCUUCUUCUUCUUCUUCAACCAUUUGGGGUUCUUCAUUUGAAUGCUUCUCGAUUGCAGGCCAAAAUUAUGUCAGUGUAUACAUUUUUUUUAAAAAAAAACCCCAAAUUCCUAAAAUCAAAUGUAUUGGUUAAUUUUAGUUUCUUCUAUUUUUUCCCUCCAUUUGGCUUUCCUCGUUCAUGGGUUACUUUUAGGGG